AUGGCACGUCGCCAAGAAACCCGAGUGCUACUCCGCCGUCCCGUGCAGGAGAAGGCGGAGCAGCAGCAGCAGCGCCAGCGCGAGCACAAGGAGUACGAGCAGCCGCCCGCAGUGCGAGGCCACCACCGAGAGCUACCUGCAGUAGGAGGAGGCCGCCUCCGCCGCGUGCUGCCCGCAGACGUCGCCAAGAGAAUCGCGAGCAUUUUAACGCGUCGUGCAGGAGAAGACACGAAGAACGGUGGUGGGUGGUAA